AUGCGCGCACAUUCACGCAUUCUAGACUCUCUUCCGGAAUUUGUAUGGCUGGGCCACAGUGUACAUCGUCGAUUUGAGGAAUCGGCCCGUGUGAGCGUGCUCGUGAAUGCCGCUAUAUCCGCUGCUAUCCAAGUGUUUGACCUAGCCCGAGCUGUGGAGUGGCUUGAAUCUGGCAGAAGCCUCAUUUGGUCACAGGUGGCCUCCCAACGUUCUUCUUUGGAUGCGUUGGUUGUAGAUUCUCCCGAAUUGGCACACGCUGUGCGAAAGGUCCAUGCAGAACUACAGCAACUGCAUGCAGGCAAUCGAGUCAACGUACCUCCACCCUCCCUCGACCUAGACUCACUUGCCGGUGAAUCGGAGGCGGAGCAAUACCGGAGAGCUGCAAUCCGCUAUGACAAACUUGUAAAGGAGAUUCGUCAACGCGAAGGAUUUGAGGACUUUUUGAGACCGAAGACGUUUGACGGCAUCAUUUCAUCGCCCAUGUUUGCUCGUCUGAAGGCGACCACGAUCUUCGUGACUGUUGCUCGCUCUUCUUGUGAUGCUCUCGUUCUUCUGGAGUGUGGUGACUUGAAGCUGGUGAAGCUACCAGAGCUCUCUCUCAAGCGCGUAGAGAGAUUACGUGGAAUAUGGACUGGGGGUGUUGGCCUCUAUAGAGCGCACAGAGGACGGAUGGCGUCUUGGGAGGUUGCUCUUCUUCGCAGAUGCUCAAGCAUCCAUGCGCUCGUAUUGGGCCGAUUAUGGAAAUGGAUUGUGCAUCCAAUACUAGAUGCUCUUGGACUGAUACAAGACGCUGUGCGUGAAGAUCCGCUGCCACAUAUCAUCUGGUGCCCUACCGGUCCUCUCACUCAGCUACCUCUUCAUGCCGCAGGCAUCUACGACCAGGAAAGCGGUGGUCCUCGCAUAUACGACUUCGCGGUGUCAUCGUACACUCCAUCUCUUUGUGCUGCACUGCGCUGUGUCAGGGACAACGCUGAAUGGCAUUCAGCCCCCAGCAUGUUGUUUGUAGCUCAGUCCAAGACCCUGCGCACCGAUCACCCACCGCUCCCACACGUACGGGACGAGAGCGCUCGCGUCCGCGCAUUGAUGCCCGGGCCCAACCAUACGUUUCUCGAGGACGAGCAAGCGACAUUGGCGUCCACGCUCGCAGCCGUCGACAAGCACCCAUGGGUGCACUUUGCCUGUCACGGCUCACAGAACGCGCAAGACCCGACGCUCAGCUCUAUCGAGUUGUACGACAAGCCGCUCACUCUGACGGACUUGAUGAGGACGGUGUCGGACAACGCGGAGCUCGCGUUCCUGUCGGCCUGCGAGACCGCCGUGGGAGACCAGAAGAUCCCGGAGGAGUCUGCGCAUCUCGCGGCGGGGAUGUUGGCGGUUGGGUUCAAGGGCGUUGUCGCGACGAUGUGGUCGAUACGAGAUGAGGAUGGGCCCGUCAUCGUGGAUGCGUAUUAUAAGGAGCUUCUCCGGCUCCGCGCCUCGGGGACAGUCCGGGAAGGACACACUGGCGCCCCCUAUGCGCUGCAUCAUGCGGUAGGGUGCUUGAGGGAGGCGGUAGGCGAGACCAACUUCGAGAGAUGGGUUCCAUUCGUGCACUUCGGAGUAUGA